AUGGCUGCCAUGGUGCUGCUGUUGGUCAAACCGAGGUGUGCUGUCACUGGUGUGCUGUCACUGGUGUGCUGUCACUGGUGUGCUGUUUCCAAGCGCCUGGCGCGAUCUCAGGUCCCUCUCGCGCGCACCUUGGGGGUAUCUUCUUCCCGCCGAUCAUGGCACCUAGUGGCUACAUACACACACACCCCCUCUCCGUCUCCUUUUUGAGGCGCCUUAAAAAUCACCAAGUGGCACACACACACACGCCUCUCCGUCUCCACGCGCCAUAGAAGGCCUUACUGUUUCGCAAGGCAUGCUCCAUCUCAGGCACGAGCACUCUUUUCAGCGCCUUGCCGCUGUUUCCGCUGAGUCCUUUUCUUAUGCCUGCGCUGACCGCGUUGGUCAAGACGCGACGACGGGGCUUUCACUGUACGAUCUUGUGGAUGUCGAGUCGAGAAUCGAGAUGCAUCAGCCAAUCUUUUAGAGCGCAUUCCUAUCGAUUGGUCGUUGGUCUCGGUGACUGAUUUCGGUGCCGAAGGCGUUGGUACCCUCCUUUCCUGUACAUCGCAAAAGCUAGCUGAAGGCAGGGAUCGCUGUUUCCGUUUCAGAAGGUCUAGGUUUCGGAAGGUCUAGGUUCACUCCCCUUUAAUAGUUCCCAACGGUUCCUGCGUUACAAAAGUAGCUUCAGUUUCGCGCAGCCUACCAGCGGCGAGUCCGCUCGGCGUUAUCCUCCUCUUACCCCAACCAGCUAAUUUUUUCGUAGCGCGUGCCUUGGCCAACCCUUUCCUGGCGAGCUUGUACUAGGGAGCGAGGAGCGAUUUCCUCUCACGCGUUCUCUCGCCCUCCAUCGAUCGCUAUGGCCCUUAGGGGAAGUAGACCGAAGCCGCCCGUAGUUAACAGGUUCUUACCCGCGCUACUCUCCCUCGCGAUAGUCUCCUUGGUAAUUUUCUCCGAUAUAGAGUCAGCACACGCAGGACGGUUUUUGACAGGGAAGGCGUUGGGCGGAGGAGGGGAUGGGGCUAGAGGAGGGGAUGGCGAUAGCGGCGGAGAUGGAGAUAGUGGAGGGGAUGGAGAUAGCGGAGGGGAUGGAGUAAGUGGAGGGGAUGAGGUCAGUGGGUCGUCAUCGCGUAUUUUAGACGAGGUGCUUGUGACUAAGGGCGCUCCUGUUCUUGUAUCGGUGCUCAACGAUGACGAGGAUAAAAAGGCCAAGGAGAAAAAGGCAAAGGAGAAGAAGGACAAGGAAAAGAAAGAUAAGGAGAAAAAAGACAAGGAGAAGAAGGCCAAGGAAAAGAAGGCAGCUGUUGAAAAGGACGCUGGUAAAGGGGACGCUGUUAACGGGGACGCUGUUAACGGGGACGCUGUUAACGGGGACGCUGUUAACGGGGACGCUGCUCAAAAGGAUAGUAGCGAAAAGCCCAAGGCUGAUUCAAAGGGGACCGAAGUGUCGCAGCCCAAGUCGCCAGACGUGUCGCAACCUACGUCGCAAGAGAGGCCAAGUUCGUCGUCGCCUGAGGGCGGAUCGAAGUCCGAGGCUCCAUCAGCAGGGAAACCGUCGCACAACGACGUACAGAAGGUCCCUAGCGAACAACCGCAGGAGUCGCAGGAUAACUCGGAAAAACCAGCGGAGAACCCCGCGAAGUCGACCGCUCCCGAAACUGCGUCAGAAGCAAAGCCCGCCGCUGGUAUAGACGGCGACUCAGCGCCGAAACCGGCACCGGAACCGGAACCGGCUCCUGAACCGGCAGCGGAACCGGAGCCGGCACCUAAACCGGCAGCGGAACCGGCGCCGGACUCCCUUGCGGGAGGAGAGUCAAAGCCAAUCCCCGCAGUUGGCGGCGAUUCCACGGCGAAUCCAGAUUCCGGUAAAGAUGGGGGAGGGGGAGAGGGAGGGGGAGGGGGAUCAGGGGGGAAUGGCGAGGAGGCUCCGCCAACCGAGGGGGGCGCGAGUCAGUCGGGCGACGAGGGCUCGACGGACGGCAAGGGGGUGCAGGAAUGGAGCGGAGGGUCGAAAGACGACGGAAAAGGUGACGGAAAAGGUGACGGAAACGUUGACGGAAGCGAUGGCGGGGAGGAGGGGAACGGCGGAACGAAAACGGCAGGGUUCAAGAUGAAAGGCGAUAAGCGCGCCGAUUCCGUCAAGCCCCAGAAGGUCGACGAUUGGUUCGGGAUUCACCAGAGCUACAGUGACGAGGCGGGGGCGCUUAAGACGGCUGACGUCAUCUUUUAUGGCGACUCGCUGACUGAGGGGUGGAGUGAGAAGUUUCUAGGAAGGCACCUCGGGCUGUACGCCAAUGUCAGCGGGGUGUUUGAUGCACUCAAGGCGUCUUUUGGCUCGGGGAGGGAGGUCCGGGCGUUUGGGAUAGCUGGGGACACAACGGACGACCUUAUAUGGAGGAUGCAGAAUGGGGAGCUCCCGUCUUCACUUAGCCUCUCGCUUGCAGUGGUCUCUGUGGGCAUCAAUGACGUUAUCGAGUCUGCCACAAACGGAUACACCGAUGCACAGGCAAUCGCAGAUAAGGUUGGCAAUGUGGUAACCACAAUUCACAGCCUACAACCCAGCGCAAAAGUGCUCGUCCUUGGCCUGCUACCCGAGGGUUAUCUGUCCAAGUCAACGACACCGGAUCCCCAGGUUGACCAAGUCAACGCCAUUCUUUCAACGUCAAUUCCAGAUGGCAAAACCACCAACUUCUUGGACUGUAAGGGAGCAUUCCUUAGCGAGGAUGGUCUUCUGCUUGAAGACCACUACAUUAAGGACUCGUUCCAAGUCCUCCAUCUGUCGCCAGCAGGCUACGACGCAUGGGCCCGCAGCAUUGCCCCACAAGUACAGACCCUCCUCGGGGAGAAGCCGCUAGGCAUGCCUGUAGCGCCUCUGCCAAAAGCUGGAGACGGCAGCAGCAGCCUCAACGACACUGCUGGCGACCCUCCUCCUCCGCUCCCAUCCUCCCCUUCUCCCUCCUCACCCUCCUCACCCUCACCCUCCUCCUCUCCACCCUCCUCCUCUCCACCCUCUUCCUCUUCUCCUUCCAACUCCUCCUCCCCUUCCAACUCCUCCUCCCCUUCCAACUCCUCCUCCCCUUCCAACUUCUCCUCCCCUUCCAACUCCUCCUCCCCUUCCAACUCCUCCUCCCCUUCCAACUCCUCCUCCCCUUCCAACUCCUCCUCCCCUUCCGACUCCUCCCCCUCCAACUCCUCCCCUUCCAACUCCUCCUCCCCUUCCGACUCCUCCUCCCCUUCCCCCUCCUCUCCUCAAACCGCUUCUCCUUCCCCCUCAACUCCUCCCACCAUCAACACCUCCUCCCCAGCCCCUGUUUCCGCAUCCAAAUCCCCAACCCCAGGCAAAACCCCCCCCACACAUUCUUCCCCCCUCCCUACGGCCAUCAUCCCAUCCCUCACUCCCCCAAAUCCCACCGCCCCCAUGCCAGACCCCCAAGCUCCCUCCUCUCCCUCACCCUCCCCUGAAUCACCUGCCGACCUCUCCCCCUCUCCACCCAUCUCCACCCCAACGCCUGCUCUGGAAGCUCCUGAUGAUGGCGGUUCGAAUCCCAAGAAAGACAUAUCUGGGGAUGCUGCUGGUGCGGGCACAGGAGGUGGUGGCACAACUGGUGCUGGUGCGGGUGCUGUUGGUGCUGCUAGUGCUGGUGUUGCUGCUGCUGCAGGAGCCACCACCACCCCUACAGGGCAAUCUGCAAGCAAGGCAGCAGCAGCAGGUGCAGCAGCCAGCUUCCAAAGGUGGCAGGUGGUGUUCACCACUCUUGUGAUCCUAGCGUGUACUCUAUCCCUGGGGAUGGUUUAAAGCCAGAAAGCUCAGCAAGGGUGAGAUAGUUGCAUGCAGGGCCCCUGGCUGUUCUAUAUUAGCAUGUAGUGCUUCCGGCUCCUGCAUUCGGCAGUGGAUGGUUGGUAAGCUGUGUUCUAUAUUAGGAUGUGCCCUUAGGUGUGUAGUGCUCCCCGCUCCCCCGCUCAGCCGGGCACGGGUGAGCCCUGUGCUCCAUGCCUUAGGAGCCUUAGAUAUCUUCGCAGUAAGUGGUUUGUGUUCUAUAUUAUGAUGUAGUGUUCUGCAAUGCAGAAAGUGUAAUGUGAUGAAAGUGCUCUUUUGUAUGUACUA